AUGGCGCUCGCCAGUGACACCUCGAUGAGAAGCGCCUAUGUGCGGAGUAACCAUUGCCAUUGGCGAUUGGUGCUACUGGCUGGCUGCUUGACUUGCGCCACUCUCUUCUAUAACAACUGCUGCGUGCAAGCAGAGCAAGGAGUGGUGAUGCUUCCAACGUGCGACACUUGUGAUCCAAAUAUGCCAUGCGCAGGACCCGAUCUCAGAACAUGUCCUUGCUUUCCGGGUGAGCGACAAAUACUUACAUUCUACUAUCACAGAGUGCAGGGCACCGGUAUGGUCAGAUGCUACUUUUUUGGAUGUUUUCCCAACAACUCCACAAUGUCUUCCCGCUGCGACGAAUUUUACGCAAAGUGCUGUGAUAUUGGUGGAGACAGCAACUGCUCCUCUUGGACUAAAUCCAUUUUGGCCAAAGACAGUGAAGGAUUGCGUCCAUUGGACAAUGAGAUUGUAUCAAAAUACAGAGGACCUAACCGAACGUGCUGGAGACAUACCAUGCCUACUACCAUGCCAACUACCAUGCCAACUACCUUUACCAUGCCAACUAACCUUACCGUGCCAACUACCGUGCCAACGUCCGUGCUGACAACAUCACCUCUUGAAGGGUCCGCGACAACAGCCACAUCAUAUCUCGAAGGCUCAACAACGACGCCGUCACCACCACCAGCAAUAGAAACGCCACCUCUUCUAGUCACCACAACUCACCCAGUGGAAGGAGCGCAAAAAGAUACGUUCAGGUUUCCGUUCAUCCCCAUCGUCAUAGCCAUAAGCAUGGCAAUCUCCGUUGCUACAUUCGUUGUUGUCUACUUGACGUGCUCGCGAGGCAGACAUGUCAAGCGUGGCAUAACGGGCUGGCGUCAGCUACACUACACGUGUAGCUUGAAGAAGAAGCUAGGAUUACAGGUGCAACCACUUGAUUCUGAAGAUCUGAAUCAGGACCAGCAGCAGCAGCAGUGCGAGAAAGGCAUUUUUGAAGAGAUCUCACUUGGCGACCAAAUUGGAUCUGGCCAGUUUGCUGACUGGCAUCGAGGCAUUUGGCGCGGACAGAUGGUCACGCUGAAACUUUUCAAAGCUACGGCCAGUGAUCAGUUUCGCCGCGAGGUGCAGCAUUCCAGCACGUACAUGAUGCGUCACGAUAGUAUUGCUCUCUAUCAUGAUGCCGGGCAGCGACAAUGCUCUACUACUAUUACUACUACUUCUACUACUACUAAUGAUAAAGAUGCCACUGCUGCUCGUGCGGAAUCUGUCCGCCACAGCUUUCAAGUUCAACCAUGGAUUAUAGUGGAAUACCAUCCCAAUGGGUCUCUGUUCGACUUUCUCUCACGCUACUGCAAUCCCGAUGUACCGGCCGACGAACGUUUAGGCAUUGAAGACAUGCGCCAAAUGACUCUGUCCGUAGUGGCCGGCUUGACACAUCUGCACAGCCACGUGCAGGGCCAGUACUUUGGAUGCAAGCCGUCCAUUGCACACCGCAACCUGAAGAGUAAAAACAUCUUGGUGAAGCAAGAUGGAACGUGCUGUAUCUCAGACUUGUCGCUGGCCAUCAGUCGAGACAACAAAGAAGACGGAGAGCACUAUGUGAAUGAGGCCAGUCUGAUGGUUGGUGACGCGAGGUACAAGGCUCCAGAGGUGCUCGACGGCUCCAUCAGUCGCUCGUCGUUUGAAGAGUUCCGUGCCGCCGACGUCUACUCGCUUGCCUUGAUCAUUUGGGAAUUGGCGCAUGCCUGCUGCCCUGCCAACGGAUCAGCCCCAGCAUACUCAAAGCCCUAUGCCGAUAGCAUUCCUGAAGUCCCGUCUAGUAAAGACGUCUAUGAAGCGGUGUGCAUCAGGAAGUGUCGGCCUCCCUUGCCGAAACAUUGGCUGGAAAAUGAGGUAUGUGGAAGACUAGGGCAGGCACACAUGUAAACAC